UAUGGAAAUUUACUAAUUGGUUAAAAAGUUAUUUAAAGAGUCCCUCUCUCCAGUCCAGCUUCUUAUAAUCGAGUGAUAUUUUUCAGAAAGCGGUGGAGGAUCGAAUUUUAAGGCGACGAGCGUUCCAUUAGGGUUUCGAAUCGACUCUGCGACAAACCAGUUCAAAAACAUGUACGGUGGCGACUUUGACGGCAACGCCGCUUUUGCCGGCGGCGGUUUCAUGCCUUCUCAGGCUACUACCCAAGCGCAUGACUCCUCUUCGUCCCUCAAGAACCGUGAUGUGCGUACCUUGCUUCCCCUGACACUGAAGCAAUUGAGUAGCGCAUCAACCAAUGGUGAAUCAAACUUCUCUGUAGAUGGCGUUGAUAUUAACACUGUUGCAAUAGUUGGACGAAUUUCUAGAAUGGAGAACAGAAUUACUCAGGUCGAUUUUGUUGUUGAUGACGGUACCGGCUGGGUUGAUUGUGUCAGAUGGUGUCAAGAACGUCAAGAAACUGAAGAAAUGGAAGCAGUCAAGCUAGGGAUGUACGUUCGCUUACAUGGACACCUGAAAAGUUUUCAAGGGAAGCGAUCUGUGAAUGUUUUCUCAAUUAGGCCUGUCACUGACUUCAAUGAAAUUGUUCACCACUUUACUGAGUGUAUGUAUGUCCACAUGUACAACACCAAGUUACGGGGUGGUUCUAUUACUCAUGGUGGCUCUAAUACUCAAGCUACGGCUACUGCUAGGCCCCAAAUGCCAUAUUCAACAAUGCCAACCUCUGCAAAGCCAUACCAAACUGGUCCAUCUAAUCAGUUCUCGAACCAAAUCAAUGAUCCAAUGCAUGGUGUAAAGCAGACGGUCCUGAAUUACCUGAAUCAACCUAUGCACCUUGUAUCUGAAGCUGGAGUUCAUUGUGACAUAAUUGCGCGUGAUCUCAGAAUUCCUCCGCUUCAAGUCAGGGAAGCGAUAGAACAGCUCUCCAACGAUGGCUGCGUUUACUCGACUGUGGACGAUACAUGCUUCAAAUCAACAGCAAACGCUUGAUAGAAAAUGGAUACAUGCCAUCACACAUCAAUCCUUUUCUCAAGUUUUAAAGCCUCUUUGUAUAGGCCCUAAGGUAGGAAGAUUAUGUAGCUUCAAGACUUAAAAACUUUCUUAAGGCUUUCGGCUUUUUUUGGUUUUUUUUUUGGGUUCGUACGCCUGGUACAUCUUUUAAUGAAAAACUGAAAGAUUAUUAAGAAGCAUUGGUAGUUAAUAAUACAUUAAGUUGACAUCUUGCUAGUUGUC